GGUUACGAAAUAGCAAAAGAGAGACCCAUCCCUCAAAAUCUUCAGAUCUUGUUUUCUCUUUCAUGAAUCCCUCAAAAGAAACUAAGUUUUGAUUUAAUAUGUCCGAUCUUUAAUAUUUUGUUAUUUAGAGGCAAUAUGAGAGACAUCGUUUCUUGUUUUAGUGAAAACGCAGUGAAUGUUUCUCAACCUCCACCACGUCACAGCUUUUCGAGCCAAGUCCCUUCAGUCCAGAACGCAGUCGCCGCCAUUUACAAGGUCAUUCUCUCAACCCAGAAGCUGUUCUUCAUCAAACUCACUUGGUGCAAUAAUCAUGCCGGUCAAAGCCUAAGCAUAAACUUCAACGAUGACCCUUCACCGUGUUUCAAACUCAACACCAAUUUGAGGUUCUUCAGGAAGAUGAAAGGCUACAAAGCGGUCGAAUCGGAUCACUCAAACAUCGAAAUCUUUUGGGAUCUUUCAGCUGCUAAGUACAACACGGGACCUGAACCGGUUCAUGGAUUCUACGUCAUAGUCAUGGUUGAUUCAGAGAUAGGCCUUAUGGUAGGUGAUAUGGCUGAAGAAGAAAUCAACAAGAAGCUCAAAACUACAAUCCCAGUCGCUAAAAUCUCACUCAUUUCUCGACAAGAACAUUGUUCGGGCAAUACCCUUUAUUCCACAAAGGCUCAAUUCAACGAAACGGGCAUUCCACAUGACAUUUUGAUAAGAUGUAGCGGAGAACAUGAAGGCCUAAAGGAUCCGGUUUUAUCGGUCUGGAUCGACGACAAGACGGUGAUUUGGGUCAAGAGACUGCGAUGGAAUUUCAGAGGAAACCAGACGAUAUUCGUCGAUGGAUUGUUAGUUGAUUUGAUGUGGGAUGUGCAUGACUGGUUCUUCAAUCCGGCCGCCAGUUCAGCCGUGUUCAUGUUUAGGACAAGAAGUGAACUGGAUAGCCGGCUUUGGUUGGAGGAGAAGUUGGAGCAGAAAGAUGAAGAUAGAGUUGAAUUCUCGUUGUUGAUUUGUGCCUGUAAGAACGUAUAAGAAACCGACUCUUGUUCAUGAUUUGCUUUAAUUUUUCUAUUCUUUGUUUCAUCUAAGCAUUCAAUGGAGUAGUUUGAACAAGCUUUUAGCAAAGCUUGGGUUUGGCA